AUGUCACUCCCCCCCUCCCUCCAAUCCACCCUUACCCCCGCAGAAAUCUCUUUUAUCGCAGAACAAACCUCCACAAUCCAGAUCAUCCCCCGCGCUCGCCUCUCCCCCCUCGAGCUCAUCUCCACAACCACCCCAGACCUCCGACCACCGCAAAGGGCGAAGGUACCGCUCUGGCUGGGGUUGUUGCUAAAGAAACAGCGGAGGGCGAGUUUGGUGUGUCCGGCGUGGUUGAGUGUGGAGAGGUUGGAGGUGUUGUUGGAGAAGGAGGUUGUGGCGGAGAGUCCGUUCUCCGAAUUACCAUUCAGAUGGCUAGAGAUUGCGCAGGCAAUAUUGGAUGUAGCAUCCGACGACCUCCAACAACCAGACCGAAUCCGCCGCCUAAUACAAGACCUCCGCGAAGCACGACAAGGCAAAGCACGAGAAGGUCUAACCGCACUUAACGAGUCCUCACUACAAAUGGAUAACCUGGGCUUGAUGGAGAUUAAUGAGAUAAGACCGUUCUUUGCCAAAGCGAUGGAUCAGAUUAGACGGAUCGCGGCUGGAAGGGAUGAUGAGGAGGAUGAGGAGGAAGAAGACGAAGGAGACAUGGACAUCGACGCAUGA